AUCAUGAGAUCAGAUCAGAUGUUGUUGCCUUGCAUUGCAUGUUGCAUGUUGAAUGCUUGUAAGAUAGGAACACAUUUCUUUUGUUUUCUUUUCGCUGCUUUCCGUAAACUGUUUUUUCCCUAAAUUUUCAACAAUAUUGCCAUCGAAAAAUGAAUACGAUGGUGAGCUGCAACCUUCAUUUCUGCCCAAAAGAAAAAAAAGUGACAAGAAAAGAGCAUUUUAUUUAUUCCCCGCAUUCUGUCUCAUUUCCCUUUCCACAGUCAAUCCAAAUUAACACUAAUGUCGACCCGACCAAUCCAUCUUCCUGUAUUACCUACCAUUCAUAUAGAAUAGCAUACAGGAAAUUGGAAUGGGAGAGAUGAAAAUUAAACAUAGUAAUAACAACAGAAGAGUGAGAGUCGAAAAACAUCGUCGAGAAUAACACGCUUGGAUGAAGAGUCAUUUUCCAAGCUUUUUUUAAAAAAAAAAAAAAAUUUAAACACAAAAUCAAAGCCAAAAGUCAAGAGAAGAUAAUUCAAGGCAAAGCUAAUUUUUCUAUUAAAAAAAAAAAAAUACUAAGUCAAAUAUGUGAGGCCAAGAAGAAGCAAACAACUGCCGAUCUAUCCGAUGGAUUCCGAAAUUGCUCAGGAGCUGCUCCCGUUGGUCCGAGUCUACAAAGACGGCCGCGUCGAGCGGCUUCUCGGCACCGACACCGUUCCAGCCGGCGUCGAUCCUCUAACCGGCGUUCUGUCCAAGGACGUAACUGGCGUCAUCCCCGGAAACGAAGAAGUCUAUGUCCGUAUCUACCUCCCUGACAUCCAAAACCUAGAGAAGCUGCCUCUCCUCGUCUACUUCCACGGCGGGGGCUUCUGCUUGUCCACGCCAGCCGCUCCCCUGUACCACUCCUAUCUCAACAAGCUCGUCGCCGAAGCCCGCGUUGUCGCCGUCUCAGUGCACUACCGGCGGCCCCCCGAACACCCUCUUCCCACUGCUUACGAAGACUCUUGGGCUGCGCUUCAGUGGGCUGUUUCGCACGCUAACGGCGAAGGCCCCGAGCCAUGGUUGAACAACCACGCCGACUUCGGGCGAGUCUUCUUGUCCGGCGAGAGCGCCGGAGCCAACAUCGUUCACAAUCUGGCAAUGGUGGCCGGAAAUCCGGGGUCCGGCGGGCUGCAGGGCGUGGACAUUCUAGGGGUUGCGCUGGUUCAUUCCUACUUCUGGGGUUCGGACCCUAUCGGGUCGGAGGCACUGGACCCGGAUAGGAGGGCAACCGUGGAUCGGCUGUGGGCGUUUGUGUGCCCGUCGAACCCGGAUAACGAUGACCCUCGGGUGAACCCAGUGGGCGACGGAGCCCCGAGCUUGAGCGGGUUGGGGUGCCGGAGAGCGUUGGUGUGCGUGGCGGAGAAGGAUGUGAUGAGGGAUAGAGGUUGGAUGUACUUUCAGGAGUUGGGUCGGAGCGGGUGGACGGGUGUGGUAGAGAUCCAUGAGACGGAAGAGGAGGAUCAUGCCUUCCAUUUGCACAACCUGGACAGUGAGAGAGCUGCGUGUUUGAUCCGACGGUUGGCAGCUUUCCUCAAUAGGGACAUGCCUCCUCCUCCAAUUUGAUGUUUCUUAUUUUUCGUCCUCUUGAGAAAGUGUGUGUUUGAUUGUUUUUCUUUUGGGUGUAAUGUUGAUGUUGGAAUUCACUGAUAAUAAUUGAUAUUGUUCUCUUAAUUAAUUUGACUAUUUUGGUUGA